ACUACACACGAGUAAGGCGUGGAAUUACGGCGAUGCCACUUUCAAAGCCAUCCGAUACGAUGGGUUGUCCCACUAUUCUAACAGGAUUAACAAACCAACUCGCGCUUUUUUAUGUGAAAUAGCAGCACCCACCUACGACUGGCGACACUUAAUGUGCUGAAACUAUAGCAAAGACAACUCAGUUUUUAUCUUGUAAUAAAUAUCGGGAGACCUUUAAGAAAUUACGACGCUAUAUUUAACAGUGAAAGCAACAUUAGCCACGUCGCUAGCUGCUAUUUCUGUCCGUGACAGACCUUCUACUUUCAUAGUGGCGUGUUAAAAAGGGCUGCAAAAUACUGUGACUCGCCUUACCGUGUCCACCCACGCUGACAGACCAAUCACCGGCGGCCUCACCUUCGCCAUCUGCGCAUAGUCUCUCCGCUUCCACGCCUCGCGUCAAUCACACGCCGCCCGCCGAACUCGAGAAGGAUCAAGUCUCAUAGCACCCACGCGUGUUCUCAACAAACAUGGCCAGCAAGCUGUCCCAAUUCGGCAAGAAACUUCUGCGUCGCCGCGUCCUGGACUUCUCCGGGGAGGAGACGCGCUUCGCCCGCUGCCUGUCCACGUUGGACCUCAUCGCCUUGGGAGUGGGCUCCACCCUGGGCGCGGGCGUUUACGUGCUCGCCGGCGAGGUUGCCCGGGAGAAGGCCGGGCCCGCUAUUGUCCUUUGCUUCCUCAUAGCCGCGCUGUCCUCUAUGUUGGCGGGCCUGUGCUAUGCCGAGUUUGGAGCCCGUGUCCCCAAAACGGGCUCUGCGUACCUCUACAGCUACGUGACUGUGGGUGAGAUCUGGGCCUUCAUAACGGGGUGGAACCUCAUCCUUUCAUAUGUGAUUGGCACUGCAAGUGUUGCCCGUGCAUGGAGCUCAACGUUUGACAACCUCGUGGAGCAGAAGAUCUCAGUCUUCUUCAAAGCCUCCAUGACAAUGAAGGUCCCUGGAAAAGUGUUGGCUGAGUAUCCUGACCUCUUCGCACUCAUCCUCGUGCUCCUGCUCACUGGACUGCUGGCGUUUGGCGUCAGCGAGUCGGCGCUGGUCAAUAAGAUCUUCACUGGAAUCAACCUGGUGGUCCUGGGCUUUGUUAUCAUCUCUGGUUUUGUGAAGGGGGACACGAGCAAUUGGAACCUCACGCGGGACAACUACACUAGUUUUCUGAACAACAGCAACAGUAGCAAAAUUGAGGAAGAAUUUGGAACCGGUGGCUUCGCUCCUUUCGGCCUCGCCGGCGUCCUAUCUGGUGCCGCCACCUGCUUCUACGCUUUUGUGGGCUUCGAUUGCAUCGCCACCACAAGCGAGGAGGCCAAAAAUCCAAUGCGUUCCAUCCCCAUCGGUAUCGUGGCCUCGCUGCUCAUCUGCUUCUUCGCCUACUUCGGCGUGUCCGCUGCGCUAACCCUGAUGAUGCCCUACUACCAGCUAAACACUCAAAGCCCGUUGCCCGAGGCCUUCACCCACGUUGGGUGGGCGCCGGCACGCUACAUUGUGGCAGUGGGCUCCCUCUGCGCUCUAUCUACCAGCUUGCUAGGUUCCAUGUUCCCUAUGCCCCGGGUCAUUUAUGCCAUGGCAGAGGAUGGGCUAUUGUUCCGUUCGCUGUCCAAGAUGAAUACUCGCACCAAGACGCCUCUGCUGGCCACCAUUGUUUCUGGCAUUGUCGCAGCUUUGAUGGCCUUCCUGUUUGACCUCGGCGCUCUGGUCGACCUCAUGUCCAUCGGUACACUGUUGGCGUAUUCGCUGGUAGCCAUCUGCGUCCUAAUUCUCAGGUACCAGCCCAGUACGCUGCCCUCAUCCAGCCAGACAGAGAAGCUGGUGGAGCUAGUGGAAGGCGAGAAGGUGGCCAUGGGCGGCGGAGACAGUGGCGACGAGUACACAGAAAGCGAGGAGAGGCCCCUCAAGGAGGCGUUCACCUUCAAACUGCUCUGGUUCCCCAGCUCAAAGACGCCCACCACAACCUCAGGGAACAUUGUUUACGUGACCACCGCCGUCAUCUCUAUCCUCAUCACCAUUCUGUGCAUCAUCCUUGCCAAUUCUCUGCCGGAGGUGCUGGCCGGUCACUCAGCCGCAGUGGCGUCUUGUAUUAUUUUGGCCCUGCUGUGCGCCGCCUGCCUUAUCGUCAUCUGCAGGCAGCCCGAGAGCAAAGAUGUGCUGACCUUCAAGGUUCCUUUGCUUCCUUGGUUGCCUCUCUUCAGUGUCUUUGUCAACAUCUACCUCAUGAUGCAGCUGGAUCAGGGCACGUGGUAUCGCUUCACUGUUUGGAUGGUCAUUGGUUUCGCUAUCUACUUCUUCUACGGCAUGAAGAACAGCAGCGCUAACCGCUCGUCCCCACGUAAAUACGAGCCGGCUCUGCAGUCCAAGAGCCCUAUUUACAAAGGCGCCCCUGAUGACAGCGACAUGGAGGGGGGCGACAACCCCUGAUUGCUAUUCACUUGCUACCGGAGGACGGACAGAGGGAGGAGGAGGCGGCGGCCGAUUUUGGACCGUCACUAGAAAGGGAGGAGAGGCCGUUUUACCUCUUUUAACACAAAGGAUCUCUUCUUUUCUGUAGUUAGCCACGUAGCCCCUUUUGCGAUCAAACGCCAUCCUCCUCCUCCCUCUUGUCCGUCAGCGAAGAAGACGACGAGAGCUCGCGACGCCGCGUGGGGAAGCCUAGCUUUCCCGUACGCGCCGCUCGAUUGAUUGCACCAGCCUGUUGCUUUGUGUCUGCUGUGUGUGCGUGUGUUUAUGUGUGUCGGUGUGGAAACAGGGUAAGUGCUGUAGAUUAACUGGUUUCGUACCGUAAGGUCAACAACGGCACACUUAUCCGACGGUUUUUCUUAGCGUUUGAGCAGAUGAGUUUUCAAUAACGAAGCUAUUCCCUCGCAAGGUUGUCACGGUCCAUCAAAUGACAUUGUUACAAACUUGAACUUUUGAGCGGAACCGCUUGUGAAGCCGAAUGAUUGUUACCCACGAGCAAAACUUGAACUUGUCAGCGGACCAUACCAAUUUCCAGUUCUGACGUCAAAUUCUCAUUGAACGGACGAACAUCUGAAGUCUGACUUGAAAUACAUUUGAAGUCGUGUCGCGUAAACACUUGAACUUGGCGGAACCUUCAAAAUUUCAAGUCCGAUUGUUACUCGCAACAACAGUCGUAUUAUCAUUCAACAGACUCGGGAGGUUCCGCUGCUGUUACGUUUUUUUUUUUUUGUCGCGAUCGAAAUAAAAAGCAGCUUUCGUCCACGCAAAAUAAAGUCUGCGCAAAUGCGAGGAUGCCAAUUGUAAAGUGAGUGCUUCAAAAACGUAUCGUUGGGAGACAACUCGUCGUCCACGUUUUAGUUUCGUUUGAAACUUGGCAGCUUUGUCAAGAUGUAGUCUUCGAUCUCUCUGCAGUAGAGCUGUUCUUUAUUUAAUUGUGUACAUUCAUCAACUUGAUUGGAAUUCUUUUAUGUAGUUGAAAGUUGUAUGUUUUGAUCCUCUAGGGGUGGGCAAACCCGAUGUGCAUUUAUAAAGCAGAUUAAAAAUCUAGAUGAAAUGGACAGAUAUUUAAACACACAAUCAGUUUGAUUAUUGUUAUUUUACAGAACAGUUGGGAUUGUUACCAGAACCAAAACUUUUGAUGGCGUUAACGAUGAAAUUAUGAUUAUUCACUGUAAUGGCGGUAACGUUACAAGUCAUAUUCUAACAGGAUGGGUUUUUUUCUGUGUAAUGUGAAAACUCUUGCAAUAUUUUUCGGACUAUAAGUUGCACCAGACCAAAAAAAAUGCGCAACAAAGAGGAAAAAAAAUAUAAGUUGUCGCAUUUUUAAAGUAAAUUUAUUUGAUAAAAUCCAACACUAAGAACUACAGAGCCCUGAAGGUGACAUGGAAGAAGAAAAAAAACGUGGGGUUGACGGUAAAAAAAAAAGUAACAAAACAUGGAAGUAAAAAAAAAAAUAAAAAAAUAGAGGUCAAACAAAAAAAAAAGCAAAAAAAAAAAAAAAAAAUUCACAUUGAUGCAAUUUUUUUCUUCAUCAAAGCAAAAAAAAAUCGCAGAGCCUGUGUUCUCUGCAUUUUCUGUACAUACAUCGGAAACCAUGUUGCUGUCGAGUAUAGUAAUUGGUUGCUAAUGAAGUCAGCAAGGUCAAAAUAGAACGCUUUCUGACUAAAAUGUUAGGUUGAGUUUAGGAUUCUCUUCAAAUGGCUUCUGCUUUUUGGAAACCGUGCUUAAGAUCAGUAAAUGAUUUUAUUUCAUCAUAUUUUAAGCCUAUUUCAAAGUUAAACUCAAUUAACCUCCCCCAAGGGUGAACAUGCUAUAUUGUUGCCAUUAUUUACCUGGAAAUUGAGCCGCACAACUUACAGAAUUAGGUGUUUUUUAAUGUAAAAAUAAAAAUUGUUUUGCUUCGGUGCAAAAAAAAAUUUUUUUUGCUUCCAUGUAAAAAAAAAUGCUUCCAUGAAAAAAAACAAUUUUUUUCUACUAUGUAAGAAAAAAAUGCUUUCAUGGGGGGGGGGGGGAUUUUUUUUUUUUUUUUUUUUUUUUUUUUUUUGCAUGUUCCGCGUCCUUUUCGGAGUACUUUUUAACAUCAACUUUUUUUUCCCCCUCUUCUUUCAUGUCCCCCCUUAGGGGCUCCAUAAAAAACAAACAUGUCAUCUUGAAAGGCAACUUAAAAUACAAAUUGAAUCGAGAACAACAGGCUGAAUAAUUGUACCGUAUGCUAUUUCUAACAUUACAUGAUGCAUAAACAACGAACUGAGAAUGUGCCCGGUAUGUUAACCAAACAUAGCUGCUAAGAGUUACUCAGAUAACAGCAUAAAGAACAUGCUAGCAAGUUUCCCAAACCAUCAAUGUCACUCCAUUAGCAAUUAUCUUUUUUUGUUUUCUUCAGUUCAGUAAAAGUAACCUUUGCAUUUCGCCAGUCCCUUAAAUAAAAUUUUCGAGAUCCUUUAACUCAAAUCUCUCGCUAAUUCCAAAAUUUUACCAUAUAGACUAUAGAAUAGACAACAAGCUUAAAUGUAUAGUAUGCUAACGUUAAACUGCUGCUCAUUUUCAUCUGCAUAUGAUUUUCUUUUCGGUGCCAUUUUGUUCAGACCUUCUCAGUUGUUUUUAUUCGUUUUUGUGAGUUAUCGCCGAUCUUGAAACACAGGCCUUGAGCGCACCCUCUUGCGGUUUAUUGUGAAAAUAACGUGAAAUUAUGUGUUAAUAAUUUCACCUAUAAGUCACUCCAGAGCAGUGGUUCUUAACCUGUGAGUAAGGGGUUUAGCGAAGGUUAAGAAAUGCAUAGUUCUAUUUUUGUACGCUGAUUAAAUCUAGGGAAACUGGCUUUGUAGAGCAGGUGUUGGACUGGUUUGCUCAGUGGAAGGUUGACUCGCACUUGGUAUGAGGGAAUACAACAGACCAAUGGGCAGCGUAGUCUCAUAUUUUGACCUGUUUAUAAAACAUGAUGUCAAAAUGAGAAUUCUGAAUGGGAAUUUGCUAAAUUAUUGGCUUGCUUGCUUUGAUAUAUUGGUUUUGAAUUUGAAAAUCCUUUUUUUUUUUUUAAAUUACGAAGGGUUGUGUGAAUCCACAUGAGAAACUUUGGGGUUCUGUACCUUUAGUAAGGUAAAGAACCACUGCUCCAGAGUAUAUGUCGCACUCCUUGGCCAAACUAUGAAAAAAAAACAAGAUUUAUAGUCCGAAAAAUUACGAUAAUCUAAUUUUAAACGUCCUGUGCUUGGAAUUCACAACGAUUUAUUUGACUAGUUUAAUCUCAUAAAACGAAAAGAGGCUUGUAAUGUUAGAAUUUUUAGUAAUAUGAUCUUGUAACAUUGCUACUUUUAUUCUUGAGAAGACCCUUAAACUGACUUAUUUUCUUAUGCAUCAUUUUUCUAAUAAUUCUUGUCCAAUUGCCAACUUUUUCAGGUUUAUAAUCAAAUGUUUCUGGUAAUAUUCUCAGCUAUUGAAGUGAACUGAGUCGUUACAACACUACAUAUUUACUAUGUUUUUUUUGGGGGGGGGGGUGUUAAUUGGAAGCUUUUCACGUGAUCCGUGCGUCAUACGUCAUGAUUGUAACCAUUGAAAGCAUUAGCCCACCCCUGCUGUUUUAGAAAGUGAUGUAUUUCAGUAUGUACAUAUUUGAGAAAUGUUUUUUGGUUGUUGUUGUUUUGCGCAAUUGAGGUAAUCUGACCAAAAUGAACUUCCUUCUGAAACAAAGCACCACCUCUACGAGUUGGUCUAUGUCAUGUCAUUUAAAAAAAAAAAUGUUCCCCCGCGUAUAACUUAUGUGCUUUACUGUAUAUUGUACAGUAUUUGUGUAAAAAUGUAUUUGUAAAAUGUUGUAAAUUAGAACCCCUAAAAUUGUGAGUAUACUCCAUGCUGCUGAAAUUGAUGUUAGGGGUGGGAUAUUGUUUUUUUCUCUCCGAUGUUAAUCUUAUCAGCAGUGCCUGAAAGGCUGGUCAGAAUUUUUUUCAGGAGGAAAAAUAUCAAAAUCAUAUAAUUGAGAUGAAUUAAUUUGCUUAUCAUAAGGUUACAUCCAGCCCUUGUGCCUUUAUAUUAAAAAAACAACUCUUUAUUGCUUUGAUAUCAAUAGCUGUGGUCUAUUUUGUUUUUUCUUUUAUUUCAUAAAAUGUACAUAUAGCUGUUAUGUAUAAAUAAACCAGGCUGUACUUUUUCUAAAAAUAUGAAAUAAAAAAAAUGAACCCA